AUGGCAGGCGUACCACCAUUGGCGUCGCGUACGUUGAGUGAUGGCGAUCGACCAGGCACUACGAAGCCCAAGGAUACUAAUGCUGACGACUUCGAGCUCGGGACGCGAGGGCUUCUGGUCUUUUUGGCGUUGGCAGUGCUUUCUCUGAUGGCUGCUCUUGAUGGAACAUCGGUAUCUGUUGCGCUUCCGAUCAUGUCGGGAGAACUUCAUGGAACGGCCAUCGAAACCUUCUGGACUGGAACGUCAUUCCUUUUGACAUCUACAGUUUUCGGGCCCUGCUUUGCCAAUCUCUCAAAUGUUUUCGGCCGCCGCCCGGUCAUCCUUGGCUCCAUUCUACUGUUCUUCGUCGGGGCUUUACUAUCCGCUAUCGCCAAGAACUUCACAUACAUGCUCGUCGGACGGUCCAUCCAGGGUGUAGGUGGCGGUGGGAUCAUCUCGCUCACCGAAGUCAUCGUGACCGACAUAGUUCCCCUGAGACAACGAGGUCAGUACCUCGGAAUCCUCAGUGCAAUGUGGAGUAUUGGAUCCGUGACUGGCCCUAUCCUCGGAGGUGGAUUCGCGGAGAAUGUCACCUGGAGAUGGGUUUUCUACAUUAACUUUCCAUUUAUUGGGGUGGGAGUGAUAUUUGUAGCGCUGUUCCUGAGGCUGAGCCCGCUCCCCGGCGCAGUGACGGAGAAGCUCCGCUCCAUCGACUGGCUUGGCGCAGUUUUGUUCAUCGGAAGCAUGACCUCUUUCCUCAUCCCCUUGACAUGGGGAGGGGUUUCAUACGCGUGGGAUUCAUGGCACACCCUCGUGCCCAUUAUCAUCGGCCCUUGUGGCCUGGUAGCAUUUGCGUUUUACGAAUACUAUCUCGCAAAACAGGCUAUGAUUCCACCUACCAUAUUCAAUAAUAGGACUGCAACGGUGACAUACAUUGGAAGUAUUGUGCAAGGUCUCGUUCUGUGGUGUAUCUUGUACUACCUUCCAUUAUAUUUCGAGGCGGUAAAGCAGUACACUCCUAUUAUCGCCGGUGUAGCCCUCUUCCCUCAGACCUUUACCGUGGCUCCCAGUGCGAUUAUCGUCGGGUUCCUGAUCACUAAAACAGGUGCCUACCGGUGGGCAAUUUGGUCGGGGUGGGCUCUGUCAACCCUCGGAGUCGGCCUUAUGUGCUACAUCAAAGCGGAUAGCAGCAUCCCCCAAUGGCUGUUCAUCAAUCUAGUCAGCGGUCUGGGAUUGGGUGUGCUAUUCCCAGCCCUAACAUUUGCCGUGCAGGCUGCAACGCCCAGCAAGAACCUGGCAAUGGCAGUAGCUAUGUUUAGCUUCUUCCGUGCACUGGGUCAGUGUGUCGGCGUUGCUGUGGGGGGAGUGAUCUUUCAGAACCGAAUGAGAAAGAAUCUCUUGACAUACCCGAGUCUGGCCCCAAUGGCUGACGCGUAUAGUCAGGAUGCAGCCGGUCUUGUCAUAGCAAUUGCAGGUAUGGAGGAAGGGAGCGACAAGACGAAUCUGAAAGAUGCGUAUACGGAUAGUUUACGCAUUGUAUAUGCCCUCUGUUGUGGGAUUUGUGGGGUUGCGCUCAUAACGAGCUUUUUGACGGAGAACUAUGAGCUAGAUCAGGUUUUGAGUUCGGCACAAGGGUUGCAGGUAGACAGAAAGUCUGACGAGGAGGAUGCCAAGGGCGAGAAAUAAAUAAAUAGAUUUCCCCUUGCCUCUGCUGUACCCAAGGAGGCAGAGGGCGACCUGUCGUAGAAUGUUGAUUUGGGCUGACUAUCUUUAUACAUAUCCACCGGAAAAGAUAUCGUGAGCCAUUUCCUCAUCCUUUAGGCAUGCCAAUCAUUUUUAAUACCCUCUGGGUAACUUUCUGUUUACUGGAUUUUCUUUAAUACAAUUCUCAACCCUACUUGAGAACAUUGAUAUAAUCGGUAAAGAAGCUGCGCUUGUAAGCGACUUGCACGUCAUUCCGAUCUCUAGGCCAUCUACAAAUUCGAAGUCAUUCAAAACACCUGAGAAAUUGCAUCUCCAUGUAAACCUAUGAUGAAAACAAGUAGGGCCAUGAGUAAUUAUGCAACUGGUAUUGCAG